AUGCGGACUCUCGGACUUCUCCUGGCCAUUGUGGCCCUAUCGAUCGCCGAUCAACGCGCCGACGACGAGAUCAAGGACUUGCCCGGAGUCAACUUUGACAUCAACUUCAAGCAUUUCAGCGGUUUCCUUCAAGGCUCCGAAACUCAUUUCCUUCAUUAUUGGUUCGUCGAAUCGCAGGGCAACCCCGCCAAGGACCCGCUGAUUUUCUGGUUCAAUGGUGGUCCGGGCUGCUCGUCGUUGGACGGCCUUCUCAACGAGAUGGGCCCAUAUGAGGCUCAUGAAAAUGGUGUCGAUUUGAAGAGCAACCCCUACGCUUGGAAUAAAGUAGGUUUUAAAUGGCAUAAGAUGGCCAUUGGGAGUAUUGAAAAUAAGUUUUUGACACUUUCUGAGAUGACCACAGUGUUUCAGGAAAUUUUAUUUUUUUGCACAGUGCAAAAAAUUUUUUGAUUUUUUGCACAGUGCAGAGGCGACGUGAAGUUUCCAAAAUCGCCAUACGUAUUUUUUAUGGUCCACAGAAGCUUAUUAAAAUUGAAUUUUAAAAUUUGCUCUCUUAUUUUUUGCACUGUGCAGCAAUAUUUACACUGCACCGUGCACAAAAGUUUUUGAUUUAUUGCACUGUGCAGAGGCGAUGUAAAGUUUUCAAAAUUGCAUGAAUUAUUUCUCAUGGUCCAUGGUAAAAUAUAAAAAUAAAAUUUCGAAAUUUGCUUACUUACAUUUUGCACGGUGCCUCAAUAUUUACAUUGCACGGUGCAAGUAAGAAAAUCCAAAGUCCUUUGAAGAAAAUGUAAAAUAUAACUUUCGUUGUAGUCUACGCUAUUUUACAGUCCAUAAAAUUAUAGCCGUUCCGUAUUUUACCCUGAAAUUUCAAGGAUUCAUAACUUUUUUCAGUUCGCUUCCGUGGUUUACAUUGAAUCCCCCGCUGGCGUUGGAUUCUCCUACUCGACGGAUGGAAACACCACUACCAACGAUGAUCAGACCUCUUUGGAGAGCUACAACGCCAUCAAGAAGUGGUUCGAGGUUCACUCCGAGUUCCGUCAUCAUCAAACUUUCAUCAUGGGCGAGAGCUACGGCGGUGUUUAUGUUCCAACGCUGACUGCUCGGAUUGUCGAAGGCCAGAGCGACUUCCCGAUCAAUUUGAAGGUAAAAUACGGGAAUACACGCUGUCGAAAUUUAAUAUUGACGAAACGGAGGUUUUCGUGGUGAGACCAAAAAUUUAGAGAAAUUUGGAGAUUUUUUUGGUCCUGUAGCGAAAACAAGAAGAAAUUUUUUCUAAAAAAAUUAUGAAUUAUUUUUUUUAUACGUAUUUUACAAGAAAAUCCCAAAAUUAAUAACAAAAUAAAAAAAAAUUUGUCCCGCCACGAAAACCUGAAGAUCACAGAAGGCUUUAAAAAAUAGUAAAUUAAGACAUUGAUAAUGACAGAGCAUCUUUAUAAUUUUAUUCGUCGAGAAUUCCGCUGAAAAUGACGUCUUUUGAUAAUAAUGGGUCCCGCAACGAAAACCUGAAAUUCUCAGAAAACAUGAAAAUUUCUAAAAUACAAGCAUUUUAUAUGGUUUUAUUGCAUUUGUGACUAAAUCUCACUUUGAAAAUUUAACUUUUUCAUAAAAAUGGGUCUCACCACGAAAACUUGAAUUCCUUCAAAAUGAAUGAAUUUUAAAGUUUUAGUAAUUAGGGUCAUAUUUUACAAUUUAAACUUUAUUUUUUCGCCCAUUUAUCCAACAUUUUUUCAGGGCAUGGCCAUCGGAAACGGCUACGUGAACGAGAAACUGAACGUCGACACCUCGAUCCGCUUCGCUUAUGGUCACGGAAUCAUCGACGAGAAGGUCUGGAACACCCUCGAACUGCAAUGCUGUCGUGGCUGCAUUGACGGUUGUGAUCUGACCAAACUGGAUGGGCAUUGCGCCACUCAAGUCGAGGAGAUCUUCGAAUUCCUUUGGUUCGGAGGCCUGAAUCCAUAUGAUUUGUAUCGCAAAUGCGACCCCAACCCCGGAAUCAACAGCAUUAAGAUGGACUCGUUGCGACUGGGAAUGGCGCCAAGCUUCAUUCAGAAGAAGAGAAAGAGCAACGCUUUCAAGCUGCGCAAGGCCAUGAACAAGGUAAAAUACGGGAAGUUCGAGAGUAGUUUUUUCACAGGAAAAGUUCUUUUAUGCGGCAUGUAUCAAAAAAAUCGCAAAAUCUAUUUGAUUCGGAAUAUGUAAAAAUUAGCUGCCCAGUUAUGGUUUAUAAGGGUGACAUUAGACUACAGUAAAAAUUCGAGACAAAGAAAAAGCUCUAAUUUUCAUAGCUGACAAUGGAAUUACCCCUAGUGCGACUCUCAGAUUUUCUUUAAAUUUUGCACAUGGGCCGGACAUAGGCCACACAUCAAUUCCUGAAAGUUUCAGCCCGCACCUUUCAGGGGCGACCAAGAUAUUCAACGAUUCUUUGCGGUCAGGAGGGCACAUGAGUGGUCACACAGAAAAACUUUUUGGCCAUAUCUUCGCUAGUUUUGUGCGGAGAUAGCUGAUUUUUUGUGGAAACGGUAUUCUCCAUGGCAUGAACAGGGAUGAAACUUUUAACGACAAAAUUCGUAAAAAAAGUCAUUUUUUCUGGCGGUUUUCACACACGCCGAAAAAGCAGAGAAAACGACCGAAAGGCCAAUAACUAUGAACUAGGUCCUUGUAUAUAUAACAUAUUUGGUAUUAAACAAAAUGGGGUUGUCUGAGGAUUCAGGGAAAAAAAGAAUUUUAACAUUCGGAUAAAAACUAAAAAAGUUAUAGCCAAUUCAAGUCCGGCCGAAAAAUUGCCGCACCCUGUAUUUAAUUUCAGAUCCUCCCUCCCCACCGUUUCGGAGCUUCCGUCCCCUGCCUCAAUGACACCGAUGUCACUACUUACAUGAACAACCCAGCGGUCAGAAAGGCCCUCCACAUCCCUGACCAUCUUCCUCGUUGGGAUAUCUGCAGGUGAGCAAGGAAACAAAGGUGUGAGCCUUAUUUCUACCGGGCAAUAUUGGCUCUUCUAUACACCCAAUCUAUACGUUUCACGUAGUACUUCAACCGACAAUAUCUUUGAACUUCUCGGUUGUCUCUGCAAAGAGCGACCGGGUAUUUUUUGAACUUCAGUGUCGGAAUUGAUCCAGUGGCAAAAAACGUACCAUUUUGCAUCCGGGAAGUAUCAAAAAGGUGGCAAAAUACCUCCCUCUCCAAGUGAAAAAAACUCCGAUUUCAAAAGCGCGCCCGCUCUUUUUGUGAGGGAAAGGGCGCGCCUUUAAAAAAGGAGUUUUUUAGUUGGAAAGGGAGGCAUUUUGCCACAUUUUUUUGAUACUUCUUCUCGGAUGCGAAAUGGUACGUUUUUUUGCCACUGGAUCAGGUCGGUCACAGUAUUACUUUUGAAAUUUUUGUUGACGAUAUAAUACAGUGUCGGAAUUGAUCCAGUGGCAAAAAACGUACCAUUUUGCAUCCGGGAAGUAUCAAAAAUGUAGCAAAAUACCUUCCUCUCCAAGUGAAAAAAACUCCGGUUUCAAAAGCGCGCCCGCUCUUUUUGUGAGGAAAACCUUCAACACGGGGUUUUUUUUAAUUGUAGAGGGAGGCAUUUUGCUACAUUUUUGAAACUUCCCGGAUGCAGAAUGAUACGUUUUUUGCCACUGGAUCAGGUCUGUCGCUGUGUAGGUAGCCUAGACAAAAUUUGGGCCGAAUAUUUGUAAAAAAAUCGAGCGUCGUACUUUUGACACGUCCCUUGUCGAGAAAAAAUCAAAGAAAACGGGCCUUGUAUGAUACGUGUUCUGAUUCACUAUUUUCUGCAGUGACGACAUCACCACCAAGUACCAAAAACAGUACGGAGAUGUGGCUCCAUUCAUCCGCAAGAUCCUCGACGCUCAUGUCCGAGUCCUGCUCUACUACGGCGACACCGACAUGGCCUGCAAUUUCAUGAUGGGACAGCAGUUCAGCGCGCAGUUGGGAAUCAAGCGAUCCGUGGGAAAACAGCCCUGGAAGUUCGACGGGCAGAUCGCCGGAUUCAAGACGUUGUAUCAGAACCAGCUCACUUUCCUCACGGUUCGCGGCGCUGGCCAUAUGGCGCCACAAUGGAGAGCGCCGGAGAUGGACUACGCCAUCAAACAGUUCAUCUUGAACCAUCCUAUUUAA